AUGGUGUCCAACGCGCUUCAGCCAGCUAACCCGAUACCAGUGGUGCUGCCAGACCAGCGACUGCCACAGAGGGCCGAGCUGUCCCAGCAGCAGGCAGAGCUCCACUCCGCACCCCAGCCGGUGCCACCACAAGUGGUCCCGAUGUCCACUACCGUCCUGGAGGGCCAGUUCAGCCCGGACCUGGGCCCAUUGUCAGACCCAGCCCAAGCCCUGGGAUGCCUGGCCCACCUCCAUGGGAUGGCCUCCUCCCCCAGCCUGGACACCUCCUGCUGGACAGCCCAGCCCAGCCUCACAGAUACUGUUCUGUCGAGUCUGCACCCAGACUGCGAGUACAUCUUUCAGCUGGAGAGGGAGGAGCGGCGUUGUCUUCGAUACAUUGCAGAGCAGAACCACAGUUGUCUACCGUUCUGGGACUCUGUGGUGUGUUGGCCAUAUGCUGCGGUUGGGGAGACAUUCCACACGGCCUGUCCUGCUGUCUUCUCUCUUUUUGGGAAUAACACAGCAGGGUCAGUCAGCCGAAACUGCACUAGCAACGGAUGGUCUCGACCCUUCCCCCCGUACCACAUAGCCUGUAGUGCGGAUGACAACAUUCACAUUCCAGAGGAGUCAUACUUUGCCACGGUGAAGCUGAUCUACUCCAUUGGCUACGGCACCUCCCUGUUCUUCCUGUCCAUCGCCGUGGUGAUUCUGCUGCUCUUCAGGAGGCUUCGCUGUGCCAGGAACUAUAUUCACAUCCAGCUGUUUGUCACCUUCAUGCUGAAGGCGAUGGCUGUGUUCAACAAGGACGCCAAGCUGUUCGCCAGCGAGGACACGGACCACUGCACCCUCUCCACCGCAGCUUGUAAAGCCUCAGUGGUGUUCUGUCACUACUGUGUCAUGGCUAACUUCUUCUGGCUCCUGGUGGAGGCCCUCUACCUCAACUCCCUGCUCCUCUCCUCCUUCCACCACAGCCGCCGCUGCCUCUGGGGCUUUGGCCUGUUGGGCUGGGGUGUACCCAUCGUCUUCAUCGUCAUAUGGAUUGGGUCCAGGGUGUAUUUUGAGGAUACUGAAUGCUGGGACAUCAACGAGAACUCUCCCUAUUGGUGGAUCAUCAAAGGGCCAAUCGUGGUUUCUAUUGGGGUCAAUUUCAUCCUCUUCAUGAACAUCAUCAGAAUCCUGAUCCAGAAACUGAACCCUCGUCUGAUCCAGUUCAACAACUCCGACCAGUACAGACGGCUGACUAAGUCCACUCUCCUCCUCAUCCCUCUCUUUGGGAGCCACUACAUGGUGUUUAACUUCCUGCCGGACUACUUCCAUGUUAGCGUGCGCCUCUGCAUCGAGCUCUGCAUGGGGUCCUUUCAGGGGCUGAUUGUCGCAAUUCUCUACUGCUUUCUCAACCAAGAAGUCCAGAAGGAGAUCCAUAUGAGGUGGCUGAGGUGGCAGGAUAACAGCUAUGGAGUGGUACUGCCCGGUGCCAAGGGUAGUCAGAUGGACACACCGUUCUAGUGCUCUUCAUCCACCUCUCCUCUUCCUCUCCAACCUCUGUGUUUUUAAUGAGUGUCUUUCGUAGAGGGGUUGGAAUAAAGCGGGAGACAAGAUUCCAUUGGAUAUCUGUUUACAUUGGACAAUAAAGUAAUGUUCUUCUUCUCCUUCCUGUGGCCUCCACACAUUGAUAAUGUACUUUUAGGAGCGAGUGCUGUACAUUGUGUCCUUGAAACCUACAAUGUCCUCUCCUCUCUCAUCACAACCUCAUUUCUAAAGGGACCACCAUUGAGUUCAUCCAUUGUGUCCAGCUCGAGUUUAACUGUUUGGCACAUUGUCAAAUUCUCCUCCUCCUCUUCCACUCAGCAUCAUCUACGCGUUUGUUACAUUUAAGGACAAUGGAAGUCUAUCUCUGUGUAGCUCUGGUCCAGGGCCUUACCUUACGUUCUCUGUGGUACUUCACCACGUUUUGAUGUGUUUUUAGCAAGUCAAUAUGAUUGACCUUCUACUGGAAAAUAGAUGGUUUUAUGUAUCAAACUUGCCCCUGUUUUUCAGGUUUUAUUAGAAUAUUAUCUUAUGAUGUGUUGCAUUCUCUCUGUGUUUUAGUGCCUUUUUGUCUGUGUGAUUCUCUCUUUUUGUGUUUGUGUGUGUGUGUGUGUGUGUGUGUGUGCAUGGCCAUUGCUCCAAUGCCAUAGAUUCUGUAUACAGUAUUAGGUCCCCUUGAGGUCCUCAGAUAUGGCUUUUUGUGGCUAUUGACCAUAAGCAGGAGAAAUACACCGCAGGAUAGAAAUUCAUUAGCCUCUAGCUGUGCCAAGAAAUAUGAGGAAACGGGACCUAUGCAUUUUUACUUUGUCACUCACCUCAUUUCUACUAUGAAAAUAAAUAUGGCUACA